AUGGCGUCGUCUCGCUGGAAGCGAUUCGCCUUUUUCGAAAAGCAGUCCUUGUCUGUGCCUCCGGAGGUACUGAAUGAUCUCUUUCCUCAACAUGCUUCAAAAUCAGGAUCUUUGUCCCACAGCCUGGCAGCUGAGUCGUCGUUUGAUGGCGUCAGUCUGGCAGUUACCACUGCAUCGUUGCCACUAAAGAGUAAGCCACCGGCUCUCCCUUCAAUCCCACAGAUAACAGAAGCGCCUCUUCCCUCGGAUACGGAUAACGAUGCGCUGUCGCAAAUGUGGCUGGCUCUCAAUGCAUGUACCAUGGCGGAGCUUGGGGGCGACGUUGACACUGACAUCGCCGCAGCUGGGGUAGUCCCAAACGUCAGCCUACACAGCCAGUCUCAGAAAAAUGAAGACUUAGCAUUCAGUGGUUACAUCUCAGGACAAACUAUUGAGGGUUUAGUCCUCGCAUUCGCAGCUUCCAAAGAGACGGGUCUCGUGCAUUGCUUCGAUGUCACGGUUAGAUGCAAUCCCUUAUCGGAAGCCAGGCGUAAUCUCGAAGAUUUGGAUGGUUGGCGUGGAUACUUUUCUCCUUUUUCUCAACUUUCCUCUGCAACUACAAGGCGAGACACUGGCUCUGUCCAAAGCACUGCCAACGAAUCUGCACCGGGAGUGAUUGCCGUGGCAUCUUGUCGAUCUGAGGAAGGCCACAGACCGUUGUACGUGGCUUGUGCUGCCAAACAACAAAUCAGCGUGUUGGAAGAUCCCCAUUUGCAUCUUUCGCGACAUUUUCCACUUGCAAGAAAUCUGACGUCUAUAGAUGACUGCACCUGCUACCUCCUUGAUUCCUGGAAUACCUCCAAAGAUGGAGCCCCUUCUGCCGUCGAUAUUGUCCCAGGCAUUGUGUGUGUUGGAACUGACACGGGAGUGGUCCUAGUCUGCACCUAUGGAUCGACAUCAGCAAGGAGUGCUGGAAGUGGUAUCCAGCGUUAUCUGAGAAUUCCAGCACCACCACAGUCACUUCGUUCCUGCAGCGUUGUGAGCGUCCGCUGCGCCGUCGACGGAGAAAGAAAAGUCAGUGUGUUUGUUGCCUACCGAAGGUCCCAGGACUCGCAGAAUUCGUCGUCUUCUGGGAUUUGUUGCUACGACAUGCCAGCGCCAAGUACAAACUCGUCGUCCUCGCCGGCACCUUCUGUAAGUGCAAGACACGAUUUGGAUGGACGAAAUGUUUCUGGGUCUGGGCUGUGCGAUGCUGUCGUGACGCGUGAGGGGCUGCAUUUCACAGUGGCAAGGAAUGAUGGUCUUUACACGUAUUCCCGGACCCAGAAAAUCUCAGUCUCGCCGAUUGAGGGCACAAAGGAGCAAAUAUGCCUGGUCCCUCGCCCUUUGGAUGCCUCCUAUGAUCGUGAUCUUUCAUCGAUGGAUGUGGGGUCAAAUUAUGUUUUAGUGGCAUCCAAGGACUCAAAGUCAGACCGAGAUGUCAUUGACAUAUAUGAUUCGACCAAUAAACUUGUUGCAUUCCAUUUGCUGCUCAGUCCAGGCCAUCGUGCUGUGAAGGGGGCUGGGGUGACAACAUCCAGGAGUAGCUCAACCGUCGGGAAAACCAAAAGCUGUAGGUCGUCUGCAGUGGUGCUAACUUCAGGAGGAAGUUUGAUUACCUUUACGGAGAAGACCACGGAUGAGAAAGUACAACUGCUCGUUCAGAAAAAUCUCUUUUCUGCUGCUGUUGCAGUGGCUUAUGCAGACCCAUCUCUUGAACCCUCUGCUGUCACUUCUCUGUACAGAAAGUAUGCCGAGCACUUGUACCGCAAGGGGGAUUACACGGCUUCAAUCGAGCAAUACUGCCACACCAUUGGCUCGCUAGAAUCAUCACAUGUCAUUUUCAGAUUCUUGGAUGCUCCAAAGAUUCCACUCCUCGCCCAGUACCUGGAAAAACUGAAAGAACGAGAGUUGGCAACGCCAGUUCAUUGCCAACUAUUGCGAACCUGCUAUCUGAAGCUGAACGAUUCUGAAGCAGCUGACUCGAUUGCAACUACGACACCCUCAUCACUGCUGGGCAAUGAUUCUCUGCAAUCCUUUUCGACAAAUCUUGCUUACAAUCCUAGGGAUGCAUUGUCGACAAUCUGCAGCAUGUCACCACAGCAAGCGGCUGAAAUGUUGACAGAGCACGGCGCUGCCCUAGCCCGGGCAAUGCCCAAAGAAACGGCGGGCAUUGUUGUGGCUCUAUGCCUAGGAACGUUCAAGCCAGAGUCUCUAUCCGAAGCAGCAACCGGACCUGUCGCAGAAGCAAACAAAAUGCUCUCGUAUGCCUUGGAUGAGCGCGACAAGACAUGCGAGCCGUAUCCAGUGAGGCUGUUCUAUGCGGCCUUUCUUGACAAUCCCAAAAUGCUUCGUCUGAUUCUCGCCCAUCUCAACCGAAACAAAUGCCACCUCACACCAUCGUUGCGAAGGACAUUGCUAGAGCUCACCCUUGAUGAAUGGAACCAGGCCAAGCGAUCGGGCGACACUGAAGGUGAAAAACUGAGGCACCGUGAAGCCAUCGCUGCGCUUACUGACUCUCACUGUCAUGAAAUUGGUGACUAUGAUGCCCUGGUGAUAGUUCAAGAGGCCUCGUUUGAUGAAGGCGAGUUACUACUCUAUGAGAGGCUGCAGAUGGGGCCCAUGCUUUUGUCGCGAUAUGCGCAUGAAAGGAGCGAGAAGUCUAUGCGACAGAUGAUGGCGAUGUCUAAAGCUGAUCCGGAGGUCCUCUCGGAGGUCCUGGGUCACCUGGUUUCUCUUGUUAGUGAGGCUGGAAACCUUCCCAAGGACCAGAACGAAAACGACGACUAUUCGGAUGAUGGAAAUGGGCCAGCUCAGAUUUUGGGCAACAUCCAUGAAGCAUUGGAGAUAGCCUCCGAGGGGAAAGCAAUCACUCCUGUUCGAAUCACUCGCAUCUUGGCUGGUGAAAGUACGGAGCAAUUCAGCGGGGAUGUGAAAAAAUAUUCAUCGGGUGGGCAGCAAACCGAAACCGUGCCUUUGUCUGUUGCUCUCGAAUAUGUUGGCAUGAUACUUGAUGAGUCCAGAACGGAAAUAACGCGUCUGAAGUCGGAAAUCCAGGAAUACAAUCAGCUAUGCAACUCCCUUGAGGCUCAGGUCGAGUCACUGCUCAAUAAUUCCCCCCCGCCAUCUUCAGAGGUGGCGAAUAAUGAAGACGAGGCUUCAGCAAGAAUGGAUAUCGACGCAGUCUACGCCAAGGUGCGAAUGUCGAUUGACAGGAUUCCUGGAAAUGAUGAACGCCCACGGGAAGCGUUCUGGCGUGAACUAGGUCAAACUGAAGAGCCCUUCGAAACGAUCACACGCUUCUUUGCAAAAGGUGUGGUUCAGUGAUGAGUGCCUUCCGCUUCCAGACGCUUGAGCUGAAAUCAACAACCAAAUACACUACAAUACUACUAUCACUAACAAAAC